UAUAUUUAUUGAGAAGAAAUUAGGGUUGUUCAGGGUGCUUUCUUUGACCACGGAAAGACAGAGAGAUCAGACGAUGGCUCCGAAGAGGAAGAGAGCAUCACCGGCAACAUCUUACCAGGUCUUCCUGAACUUCAGAGGACCCGACACCCGUCAGGGUUUAACGGAUGUCCUUUACCAUGCUCUUGUAGAUGCCGGGAUUCGUGUUUUCAGAGACAAUGAGGAGAUCCGUAAAGGCGAGUAUAUAGGCGAUGAGAUCCUGAGAGCCAUCGAGGACUCCAGGAUCUUCGUGCCUAUCUUCUCCAGGACCUAUGCUAGCAGUAAGUGGUGCCUCAUUGAGCUCGCAAAAAUGGUGGAGUCCAAGGAGAAAUCGAGCGGCAGUAAAAGGAUCCUUCCCAUUUUCUAUGAUGUGAGCGUCAAUGAUGUCAAGCUUAAGACGGAGUUGUACACUGAAGCUCUAUCAAUACACAGGGAGAAGUUCAGUCCCAACACAGUGCAGCAGUGGGAGAAGGCUCUUCGAGAAGCUGGAAAAAUAAAGGGGUGGGAACUGAAGGAUAAAGGUCAUGCAGAAUUUGCUAAGGAAUUCGUCAGGAAGGUUUCGGUGGAGUUGAAAGUGAAAAAAAAAUAUGUGACUGGGAGCCUAGUUGAGAGGAUUGAUGAGCAAGAUGCUCUUAUAAGCUUGUUGGAUCUAAAGUCCUCUCAUGAUGUUCGGUUGGUCUGGAUCCAUGGAAUGGGGGGUAUCGGUAAGACAACACUUGCCAAGGCUGUUUUCAACCGACUCUGUGAUCACUUCGACGGCUGCUGCUUCCUUCUAGACGUGCGAGAAACAACCAAGCGCAAAGGUAUUGAACACUUGCAGAGACAACUCUUGCAAGAUCUUGGUGUUAAAUCAGCAGACAUCACUGACGAAAACGAUGGGAUCUGGAUGAUCAGCAAAAAGUUGCAGAGCAGGAAAGUACUAGUUGUUCUUGAUGAUGUAUACGACCUGGAGCAAAUCGGGAAACUAGCAGGAGAGGUUGGUUGGUUUGGAGAGGGAAGCAGGAUAAUCAUCACCUCCCGGAAUAAAAAGGCUCCUGUGUUUGAGGGAGGAAGAGUUGAGAUAUUGGAAGCAGAGCCGAUGAAAUUUGAAGAAUCUCUCCUCCUUUUCAGCAGGCAUGCCUUUGGGAAGGAGAAUCCACCUGAAGACUUCUGUGACCUUUCAGAGGAAGUCGUCAGAAUUACGGGAGGGCUUCCCUUGGCUCUUGAAAUAGUAGGUUCACAACUUCGGACAAGUUACGAGCAUCGUGAUCGUGUCCAUUGGAAUCAUUUAAUUGGUACCUUACAGAAAAUACCGGCCAAGAAGGUCCAAGACAGGCUUAAGAUAAGUUAUGAUGCCUUAGACUGGGAAGCGAAGAAGAUAUUCCUUGAUAUCGCGUGUUUCUUCAUUAACGAGGAGAAAACAAAAGCAAUUUACAUGUGGCAAUCCUGUGGCUUUGAACCAUAUUUGGCAGUGAAAGAGCUUGUCGAUGCGUCCCUAAUAAAACUUGCAGAUGAGAAGUUCUCGAUGCAUGAUCAGCUGCGGGACCUUGGAAGAAAAAUCGUUCAUGAUGAGAGGUCAAAGAACCCAGGAAGGCCUUGCAGUAGAAUAUGGAUGCAAGAGGAUGCUUUGAAGGUGCUGAAGGAAGAAGAGGGCAAAAAAUACGUCGAGAUGCUUAGCCUUCCCUACAAUGAACACUCUGAAGAUUGUGCCCUUACGAAACAGGAAUUGAAGAGUUUCAAGAAUCUAAGAUUUCUCAGUCUCUAUGGAUCAAAUUUUUCGGGAGAUCUAGAGCAUGUCCUACCCAAGUUGAUAUGGCUUUCUUGGCAUGGUUUUCCUCACAUAUUUCAGGGAACUAAUCUGUAUCUGAAGAAUCUGGUUGUGCUUGAACUCUCCGGAAGUCUCAUAAGUGAAACAUGGAAAGGAUGGUGCCAAAUCGGGAUGUGCAAGGAGUUGAAAGUUCUAGAUCUCAGAAGUUGCCACCGCUUGACCAAGACGCCUGACCUAUCGGUGUGCACGAAAUUGGAGAGACUAAUACUUCGAGAUUGCAUGAAUCUGGUGGAAAUAGACCAUUCCGUGGGAACAUUGAAAUGCCUAAAGUACUUGAACGCCAGUGGCUGUCCUUAUCUCAGAGACAUUCCUGAAGAAAUAUGUUCUUUGGAUGGAGUCGAGGAGAUAGUCAUGGUAGCAAAAGGCAACUUCCAAGAUAUUCUCAAACUUCCGGACUCCAUCGGAAGACUCUCCAGGCUUAAGCACCUGUCUGUGAGUUUGGGAAGGGGUACACCUCCAAACUCACUUGGAUAUCUAAAAUCACUGGCUAAGUUGGACCUGUCAUGGUCAAAGAUGGCCGAAUUACCUAAGUCCAUUGGAGGACUGGUGAAACUCGAGUAUCUGUCCUUACACUUCUGUAGAGGAAUAACGGAGCUCCCAGAUUCGAUCAGGUAUCUGAAAUCGCUGGCCGUGCUGGAUAUUUCGAUGUCAGGAAUCACUCGACUUCCAUCUACAGUUGAGUAUCUGCAGGAACUGAAAGUGAUCAAUAUGAGAGGUAGUGUUAUCCAAUCGAUUCCCAGAUCCAUUAGGAAGCUGAAGAAGUUGGAAAAGUUGGACAUCCAGUAUUGCUAUCGUCUACGAAAUAUCCCAUCGGAAAUUGAGGGGCUCCCUUCCUUGCUAACGGUCUCAUGCUCUGCCCCAGAGAUUGACAGUGUCGCGUCGCUGGUAGACAAAGAUGAAGGCUGGCCCACCACAGAAGACGGCUCUGAUUGGCAGCUCAUCGGGAACGAGAUGAAGUGGGAGCACAUGAUCUCAAACCGCAAGUCCGCCCGCCAGUCAAGGAUGAGGAAGCAGAAGUACCUCGAUGACCUCAUGGCAAUGGCCAGUGAACUCAGGGUUGAGAACGGCAGGCUCGCAGAGUUCCUCGGGGUUAUCGUACACCUCUACGACGCUAUGGAGGUGGAGAAUAUGGUCCUCCGGGCCCGGGCUGCCGAGUUCUCCGACCGACUCAGGGUCCUAAAUGACGAUGACUACAUCGGUGGCCUCAGUGACGUAUACUAGUGCAGGUGGCAGAUUAUGGUUUGUUGGAGGACUCAGCUGGUGAACAGUGAACGGCUGCUGCUCUCUGCUACACUUCUCCAACAGAGUCACUCGGCUCUCAACUGAAGUAUGAAAGGAUAAAAAUUAUGUUUGUUUUGUCCUAAUGUUGCAGCAUUUGCGUAUUAUGUUUGACUAAGCUUGUCUUCAGUCAAUGUUAAUUAUUUUCUGCACAAUGGAUGAGAAGAAAAAAAAUUAUAGAGAUUGUUGUGAUACGAGUCACAUGUUCGUCUUUGGUUUA